AGAAGAAAAAAAUUAAUAGCACGGAGAGAGGUCCUCGUCUUUCUUUCAGACCGAGAACUGCAACAAGAGAGAGAGAGAGAGAGAGACGAACGCACAGAGACACAGAAAGCCCAGAGAGAUUUUCCUCACAGAGACAGAGAUAAAUUAUUGGCUCUAUUUCGCAGCCGAUCUAUUCACUUAGCUCCUUCAAUUUCACGGGUUUUGAACAGGAGCGAGGAUUCCCGGGCCGGAGCGGAGUCGAAGCGAAUUGCAGUAUGAGCAUCGAUAGCCCCGGGGAAGGGGAGAAUUAGGGUUUUGAAAUUCGGCCAAGAGGUUGGGAUUUCCAUGGGCGAUGGAGGAGUCGCAUGCAUGCCUUUGCAGCAUAAUAUCAUGGACAGGUUUCCAAUUCCGGAGAAGACUGCGCUUUGCGGAGGCAAUACUAAUAAUAAUACUACUACUACUACUACUACCACCGCUAACAAUGGCUUCAAUUCCAAGCCGGUUGUUAAGAAGAAGGUAAUGAAGAUCAAGAAGAGGAUUGUCAAGAAGCCCAAGGCAAAAAGCAACAGUAACGUAGAGUCGGGGAAGAGUGAGCUGGGAUUGGUUAAAGGUGAGAAGAGUGAUACUACUAAGGAAGCAGCCGAGAACAGUGGUGCCAAGGAAGCAGCCGAGAACAGUGGUGUGAAGGAAGCUGAGAACAGUGCUGCUCAGCAAGUUGAGAACGUCGAAAAUGGUGAGGAUAAGAAGGAGGAAGUGGAAGAGGGUGAAUUGGGGACUUUGAAUGGUGAAUUUGUUCCGGACAAGUGGCGGAGAAGCGAGGUUGAGAAGGAGGAGAUUGGGGGUGAGAAAUGGAGGAGAAGCGAGGUGGAGAAGGGAGAGUCUUUUUCAGGGAAAUGGCGUAGAGGUGAUGCAGAGAAGGCAGAUAUAUAUCCGGAGAAGAGUAGAAAUAGUGAAGCUGAAUUCGGCUCGUGGAGACCACCCAAGGAUGAAAUUGAAAGAGGUGAGUAUAUUCCAGAUAGAUGGCAAAAAGGAGAGCUGCCCAGAGAUGACUACAGUAACAGAAAAAUGCCCGCCAGGUACGAUAUGGGUGGGAGGGGCAGGGGAAGGGGCUGGAAAUUUGAGUCCCCUUCUGGCAAGUAUCCAAAUGAUGACGGGUUUAGAAGGAAAGAAUAUAGUAGAGGUGGGGGUCAGCACAGCAAGAGUACUUUCAGGUGGGAUAGUGGCCAGGAGAGGAAUACAAGGAUCAGUUCCAAAAUUGUUGAUGAUGAGGGUGUCUACAAGAAUGAGUACAGCAGUGAGUACAGCAAUGGUAAGUAUCAAGCAAAGGAUUACUCUUCUGUUAAUCGGUUGAAGAGGUAUGGUCCUGAUUCAAAUAGUAGUGAGCGGAAGCACUAUGGAGAUUAUGGGGAUUAUGCGGGUUUAAAAAGUCGCAAGCUUUCUGAUGAAAGUAAUCGCUCUGCUCACUCUGAGCAUUAUUCACACCGUUCUGUGGAGAGAUCUUAUCGAAAUCCUUCUUUUAGACCAGCAUCAGACAAGUACUCUUCCAGGCAUUAUGAACCUGCUUUGUCUUCCAGAGUGGUUUAUGACAGGCAUGGGCGAAGUCCAGGUCUCUCUGAGCGGUCCCCACGUGACAGGUCCCGGUAUUAUGAUCACCUGGACCGGAGUCCAGUGCGCCGUGAGAGAUCUCCAUAUGAUCUAGAGAGGUCCCCUUAUGGCCGUGAGAAAUCACCAUAUGGCCGUGAGAGAUCUCCAUAUGUUCGUGACAAAUCUCCAUAUGUUCGUGACAAGUCUCCAUAUGCUCGCGAGAAGUCACCAUAUGGACGUGAAAGAUCUCCAUAUGUUCGUGACAGAUCUCCUUAUGUUCUGGAGAGAUCUCCAUACGAACGGAGCCGUAAUUAUGAUCACAGAAACCGCAGUUUGUCUCCACAAGAUCGACCUAGGUACCAUGAUCGCAGGGAUCACACCCCAAACUAUUUGGAGCGGUCACCACGUGGUGACCGGGGUAGAGCUUCUAGUUAUAGAGGUACAGGCCGCAAAAGUGGAGCAAGUGAUAGGCGCAACUCCCAAUAUAAAGCGCACGAAGAUAAGCUGGUGCAGAAGGAUCCCACGGGAACGGACUCGAAUUCCUCUGCCAAAGAAUGUCAGGAUAGAAGCAGUCUUCUUGACAUUAAUGGAACUGUGGAGACAAACGCCAAUUCUGAGUCUCACAAAGAAGAACCGUCUCAAAGUCCAAAUAUAAAUUGCAAAGAAACUUCUCAUAUUAGUGCAGCCCCUCCUGAAGAGCUGCCUUCUAUGGAAGAAGAUAUGGAUAUAUGCGACACACCACCACAUGUCCCGGUGGUUGCUGAUUCAUCCACAGGGAAAUGGUUUUACCUUGAUUAUUAUGGUGUGGAAUGCGGGCCUUCCAAAUUAUGUGAGCUUAAAGCACUUGUUGAAGAAGGAGCUCUGAUGUCUGAUCACAUGGUCAAGCACUCAGACAGUGAUAGGUGGGUAACUGUUGAAAAUGCAGUUUCGCCAUUGAUUACCGUAAAUUUUCCAUCCAUUGUAUCGGACUUGAUAACUGGACUAGUAAGCCCCCCAGAAGCUCCUGGCAAUCUAUUGGCAGAUAUUGGACAUACUGGGCACUAUGGUACUCAGAGUGGGAGUUUGCUGGGGUUGUGUGCAGAUGUUGCUUCUGAGCCUCUAGAAGAUUUGCACAUUGAAGAAAGGGUUGGAGCUCUGAUGGAAGGUUUAACAGUUAUUCCUGGCAGGGAACUUGAAGCUGUUGGAGAAGUUCUGCAAAUGUCAUUUGAAUCUGCUCAACUGGAAGUAUGGGGAAACACUGAAGGUCUCUCUCAAGGUCAUAUCGGUGAACAGAAUGAUCAGAAAACUGAGGAACCACGAUUUUCUGACAUUAAAAUGAAAGAAGCAGCAGAAAUAGGGUUGAGUUUACCCUCUGACAAAGAUGCUUUUGCUUGUGGUGAUUCCAGUGACUGGUUUUCUGGUCGAUGGUCAUGCAAGGGUGGUGAUUGGAAAAGGAACGAAGAAGGUGUGCAAGAUCGGUCUUCUAGAAAGAAACUUGUUGUCAACGAUGGUUUCCCAUUAUGCCAGAUGUCAAAAUCUGGGUAUGAAGACCCUCGAUGGCAAAGAAAAGAUGAACUGUAUUAUCCUUCACAGAACAGAAGGCUUGAUCUACCUACUUGGGCUUUUUCAUGUCCAGAUGAUGCUAAUAGAGUGUCUCAAAGUAAGCCAACUGUUAUAAAAGGAGUAAAAGGAACUAUCCUUCCGGUAGUCAAGAUAAAUGCAUGUGUUGUAAAAGACCACGGUUCAUUUGUUUCUGAGCCGCGGAUAAAAGCACGAGGAAUGGAAAGGCAUCCUUCGAGGUCUGCUCGGUCAUAUUCCGCAAGUAGUGAUGGCAAGAGAUCAUCUGGCGAUGGUGAUUCUCAAAUGAAACCAGUAGGUGACCGAGGCUCAAAGGGAUCUUCCAAAUGCAUUUCCUCCAUUAAAAUCCCCAAAGACCGUAUUGGCACAGUUGAUGACUUGCAAUUGCAUUUGGGAGACUGGUACUACCUUGAUGGUGCUGGGCAUGAACGAGGACCUUCAUCAUUCUCUGAGCUACAGGCCUUAGUUGAUCAAGGAGUGAUCCUGAAACAUAGCAGUGUGUUCCGGAAAUUUGAUAAAGUCUGGGUUCCAGUUACCUCUGCCAUCGAGACUUCUGAUGCUACCAAAAUGAAUAAGGAGAAGAACAGAACCUCAAGUAAUUUUUCAGGGCAAUCUCAAAGUGCUGCACUUGCAGAAUCAAAAACAAAUUUGAGUUGGUUGCAGAAUCUGCACCCGCAGUUCAUUGGUUAUACAUGCGGAAAGCUUCAUGAAUUGGUGAUGAAAUCUUAUAAAAGUCGGGAGUUUGCUGCAGCCAUAAAUGAGGUUUUAGAUCCGUGGAUUAAUGCAAGGCAGCCAAAAAAAGAGUUGGACAAGCACAUGUACUGGAAAGCAGACGGUGAUGCACGUUCUUCUAAAAGAGCUCGGUUGCUGGUUGAUGAAAGUGAAGAAGACUAUGACGCAGAAGAGGACUUGCAAACAAUAGAAAAGGAUGAAUCCGCAUUUGAGGAUCUAAUUGGUAAUGCUUCUUUCUUCAGAGAAGACGGCUUGAGUUAUGGAUCAGAGAUGGCAAGCUGGGGUUUAUUGGAUGGACAUGUGCUGGCACGGGUCUUUCAUUGUUUAAGAUUAGACAUGAAAUCUCUUACCAUUGCUUCUCUGACUUGUAAGCACUGGAGAGCUGCGGUCAGUUUUUACAAGGAUAUUUCAAGACAGGUAGACUUGUCAUCCUUGGGUCCCAACUGCACCGACUCCAUGAUUGUGAGCAUUAUGAGUGGUUAUGGCAAAGAGAAGAUUAAUUCUAUGGUUCUAAUUGGCUGCACAAACAUCACUCCCCACACUCUUGAAGAGAUUCUUGGUUCACUUCCUUGUCUAUCUACCAUAGAUAUUAGGGGUUGCAACCAGUUUGGUGAGUUGGUCAUUAAAUUUCAGAACCUGAACUGGAUUAAGAGCCGAAGCUCACGUGGUACAAAGAUACAUGAUGAAUCCAAUUCAAAAUUAAGGAGUCUGAAAUAUAUCAGUGAGAAAUCUUCUUAUGUUUCGAGAAGUAAGGUUCUGGGUAAUGAUAUGGAUGAUUUUAGUGAACUCAAAGUGUACUUUGAUAGUGUGGAUAAGAGAGACUCAGCUAAUCAAUCAUUCCGGGGAAGUUUAUACAAACGUUCAAAACUAUUUGAUGCUAGACGGUCCUCAUCCAUUCUAUCUAGGGAUGCUCGUAUGAGGCGGUUGUCCAUUAAGAAAUCAGAAAAUGGUUAUAAGAGGAUGGAGGAAUUUGUUGCUUCAAGUCUGAAGGACAUCAUGAAGGAGAAUACAUCUGAUUUCUUUGUACCCAAGGUUGCUGAAAUUCAAGAUAGAAUGAGAAAUGGGUAUUACAUUCGCCGAGGAUUGAGUUCUGUGAAGGAGGAUAUCAGUCGAAUGUGCAGGGAUGCAAUUAAAGCAAAGAAUCGUGGUGAAGCUGGAGAUAUUAAUCACCUGAAUCACAUUAUUAAUUUAUUUAUACAACUUGCCACACGUUUGGAAGGGGCUUCCAAGUCUUCUGAUGCAAGGGAUGAGCUGAUCAAGUCGUGGGAAGAUGAUACAUUUGCAGGGGUUUCUUCUGCCUCCAAGAGUAAAAAGAAGCUCAAUAAGACAUCUGAAAGGAAGUUGAGGAGUAAUGGUUCCUUUAUGAAUGGUAGUGUGGAUAAUGGAGAAUAUGCAUCUGAUCGAGAAAUCAGAAGGCGUUUAUCCAAGUUGAAUAAAAAAUCUAUGGAUUCAGAAAGUGAAACAUCGGAUGAUCUUGAUAGGUCAUCUGAAGAUAGCAAGAGCAAUACUGAGAGUACUGCCUCGGAUACAGAAAGUGACUUGGAAUCUGGGUCACAGAGUCAACCUGGGCAAUCAACAGCAGAUGGAUGCUUAGCUCACGAUGAGAGUUCAGAUUCUGUGACUGAUGAUCGUGAGUGGGGAGCUCGCAUGACCAAAUCAAGCUUGGUUCCUCCUGUUACGAGAAAAUAUGAAGUCAUUCAUGAAUAUGUUAUUGUAUCGCAUGAAGAGGAUGUAAAGCGGAAGAUGCAGGUAUCUUUGCCGGAUGACUAUGUUGAGAAGCUUUAUUCGCAGAAGAAUGGAACUGAGGAGUCUGAUAUGGAACUUCCUGAAGUCAAGGACUACAAGCCCAGGAAAAUGCUUGGAGAUGAGGUUCUAGAGCAAGAGGUUUAUGGAAUUGAUCCCUACAGCCAUAAUCUUUUACUUGAUUCCAUGCCAGAGGAGUUGGAUUGGCCUCUUUUAGAGAAGCAUCUGUUUAUAGAAGAUGUGCUUCUUCGCACCCUGAAUAAGGAAGUUAGACACUUUACUGGUACCGGAACUACUCCCAUGAUCUAUCCUUUGCGGCCUGUUGUUGAAGAUAUUCGGAAAACUGCGGAAGAGGAUAGUGAUAUUCGAACUGUGAGAAUGUGCGAGGGUAUUUUGAAGGCCAUAGACAGUCGCCCUGAUGAUAAAUAUGUUGCUUAUAGAAAGGGGCUCGGCGUCGUUUGCAACAAAGAAGAAGGUUUUGGAGAAGAAGAUUUUGUUGUGGAAUUUUUGGGGGAGGUAUAUCCUGUUUGGAAAUGGUAUGAGAAGCAAGAUGGGAUUCGAUCUCUGCAGAAAAACAGUAAAGAUCCAGCUCCGGAAUUUUACAACAUUUAUCUUGAAAGGCCCAAGGGUGAUGCUGAUGGGUAUGAUUUAGUUGUUGUUGAUGCCAUGCAUAAAGCAAACUAUGCAAGUAGAAUAUGUCACUCGUGCCGACCUAAUUGUGAAGCAAAAGUUACUGCUGUCGAUGGUCGUUACCAGAUCGGUAUCUACACUGUACGUAAAAUUCAAUAUGGUGAAGAGAUCACAUUUGACUACAACUCUGUUACGGAGAGUAAGGAAGAAUAUGAAGCAUCAGUUUGUUUGUGUGGCAGUCAAGUUUGCCGGGGAAGUUACCUGAAUUUGACAGGCGAAGGAGCAUUCCUGAAGGUGCUGAAGGAUUGGCAUGGAAUUCUGGAUCGUCAUCAUCUAAUGCUGGAAGCUUGCGAGUUAAAUUCAGUAUCUGAGGAGGAUUAUCUUGACCUGGGAAGAGCUGGUUUAGGCAAUUGUUUGCUUGGUGGGUUGCCAUAUUGGGUGAUUGCAUAUUCAGCUCGUUUGGUGAGGUUCAUAAACUUCGAAAGAACAAAGCUUCCUGAGGUGAUUUUAAAGCACAACUUAGAAGAAAAGAGGAAGUAUUUCUCAGAUAUAUGUCUUGAGGUUGAGAAGAGUGACGCGGAGGUUCAGGCUGAGGGUGUGUUCAACCAAAGGCUUCAGAAUUUGGCUGUUACUCUUGACAAGGUGAGGUAUGUUAUGAGCUCCGUAUUUGGCAACCCAAAGAAUGCUCCACCUCCACUGGAGAGGUUAAGUCCAGAAGAAGCUGUUGGCUUUGUAUGGAAGGGAGAAGGAUCAGUUGUUGAGGAACUCCUUCAGAGCAUGGCUCCUCAUGUGGAGGAACAAUUGCUAAAUGAUCUCAAGUCCAAGAUGCUUGCUCAUGAUCCAUCGGGUUCAGAUGACAUUUGGAAAGAACUUAAAAGAUCGUUACUAUGGUUGAGAGAUGAGGUCCGGAAUCUUCCAUGUACAUACAAGUCUCGGCAUGACGCUGCUGCUGACUUGAUCCAUAUUUAUGCAUACACAAGGUGCUACAUUAGAAUACGGGAAUACAAAUCAGUAACUUCACCACCGGUAUACAUUAGUCCACUUGACUUGGGCCCCAACUACACUAACAAAUCGGGGGCAGAUUUUCAGGAGUAUUGCAAGACUUACGGGGAGAAUUAUUGUUUAGGGCAGCUAUUUUUUUGGUAUAAUCAGUCUAAUGCAGAGCCAGAUUGUAGUAUGGCUAGAGCAAGUAGGGGUUGCUUAUCAUUACCUGAUAUCGGUUCCUUCUAUGCCAAGAUUUCGAAACCUUCACGGCAGCGUGUUUAUGGUCCAAAGGCUGUCAAAUUUAUGCUUUCAAGGAUGGAGAAGCAGCCCCAAAAACCUUGGCCCAAGGAUCGAAUAUGGUCAUUUAAUAGCUCCCCAAAAGUUCUUGGCAGUCCAAUGCUAGAUGCUGUUGUGAAUAACUCUUUCUUGGACAAAGAAAUGUUGCAUUGGUUAAAGCACAGACCUGCAAUAUAUCAAGCUAUGUGGGAUCGGUGAAGUUUUGCAAGCGUCAGGAACCGGCAGCGGGAUAACUGGUCAACGCUUUGUAAAUUGUGUUCUGGAAUGAUUUACGGUUUUAAUUUACAGCUUCCCCUUGUAAAUGUGGGUGGUUGGUAGUCAUUCCAAAACAUGAUUCCUUUCCGCUGCUUUCUCAUUCUUGUGUACAGCUCUCAUCUUUGUAAUCUGUAAUUCAUUAUUUAGCGGUAGAACAUUUGUUUUUGGUCCCGUCUAAUUUUAGAAAGAAAUAGAAAAGGUAGUCCAUGGCA